UUAAACUUCAAACAAAGUUAAUGACGUUCGACUUCGGACAGGAAAAAAUAAAGGAAGUGCUUUUGUAUACAAAACAAAAAGGGGAAUUCUCGUUGUCAAAUUGUGCGAGAUAGUGAAGGUAAUAAAAGAAGCCACAAUUAAAUAUACAAAGAUUUAGGAAAGAGUCACGAUUUACCAGCAAUGCAUUUGCAAUUUAUCAUGUUUUGACGAAUUUGAUCGGUAUUUGGUUUCAAAUACGCAAUGCCACAAUGAUUAUUAUUCGGUAUGAAUUUCACUAAGAAAGAAACGCUCUCCAUCACGUCUUCACAUGAUUCCGAAGAGUCUGUCAAACGAGUUAGCUAUAGGCCCUCAGCCAACAAGCGAAUUUCUGCCUUAAACGUGCACGAAGAUCGCAUUCUUCGUCGUAAGAUAAGCGCCUAUCACGAGAUUCACAAAAAGGAGAUCGCCGAGGUUUCUAGAAAACUUGUUGAAAUCAGGGAUUCGAUGAAAGAACUAGCGACGGAUCCAUUAUAUGGAAACCAUUCUUUGCAGAAUGUAGAAGGAUCUGGAGAUGGUAACUCUAUUAGAACUCCUGUUACAAACGAGCAAAAGUUAAAACUUGGUCGUUCGCAAAGCUUUCCCGAUCUAGGGGAUCGAUCAACCACAAGCACUAAAACAAACAAAUCCUUAUUCCCCAUCCUCAAACAUGGACAUCAUGUCGUUCAGAGCAUUGGAAACUCGGGUAAAAGAGCACCAAUCCAUCGUGGAGAGUUAAAACCGAGGGUGAAAUCCACUGGCUUGCCACGAAGUGCUCAAAUAACCAAGUGGCAGCUUACGGAGCAUAAAAAGCUGGAAAGGUCUAAAACAGCACCUGUUACAAAGCUCCAGCCACUUUUGAUCACCACGCCAGAGAUGAUGCGAAAAAAAAUUAACAUUUCUACUUUCAGUCGACCGAUAAAAAUAGAUGAGGUCUCGUGCAGAAGACGUAUUUCACCGUGUUUAGUGGAAACGGAACCGAAAACAACCCCAAUGCAUUCCCCACGUGAUUCAGAAACCUAUGUUCAUCGACCCAAGUCGACAUCUGAUACCCAGGUAUUACCUUCACACAGCUUCUCGAACGAUUCAAAGAGGCAGUUCAAUUUUGCCAGCGAGAAAAUGCUUACCAAAAGAGAAGCAAAUGCAAGUCACAGAGGUCAUUCCUUCUCUAGUGAAAAAAAUGGUUACGAACAAGAAUCGCCCGUGGCAGCACCUCGAAGUAUUUCCAAAAUUCUCAAAACUAUAAAUUGGAAGUGAACGAUGCUACUCCAGAGAGCAAUGAAAAGGGUAUCGAUGAUUUAAAAUAUUGUCGAUACUUAUGAAUUUGUACGGAAAACUAAGAAAGUAAUCGAAUUUGGCGGAACAGAAGACUUAGAAAUGGAGCGAAUCCAAAUUUACAACCGGAUAUGACACAAUGAUAGCUCAACAUGACUGUGGUACUAAGAUGGGAAACCAUUUUAUUUCUGUUGCCUGGAAACGAAAGAAUAACUCUUCAACAUCCUCGCUGUUUUGAUUUGAUAUAUUCAGAUGAUGAUUCACUAAUGUGAAAGCAAGCUUAACUUAUUUAUCGAAACAAAUAAAACUGAAACAGUUGCUGAGCUAACUUUUAGUCAAAGAAUGAGGCAUAACACACUCAAAUCUUACAGAGACUUCAAACGUCGAAUGGAACGGAAGAACCUCAAUGAUUUCCUAUUAAAUUUUUGGCAUAAGCUUCAUUAUAUAUUAUGAACGUGAAACUGGUGUAAUCGUGUAGCAAAUAUAACAAUGGCAAUCGCCUCAAAAUCUUUGAAAUGGCUGUUGACCAAACAUGUAAGAAUUUAAAUCAUUCCUUAGAUUUUCCCCUAGAAUUUCAAAGUAUAAAAUAAUGACUAUAAUUUUUGACUGAAGUUCAUAGUAAUAAUUUUUGGAAAUUAAUGAGGUAACGAAUAUCAUUCAUUUUGCAGUUAGCAAUAUUUCAUCGCAUUUCCUUUUUCUAUUGCAAAACAGAAAAUAUAUAGCAUAAAGAUUUGUCCGUCGAUUGAAUUACAAAGAAAGAAGAAGAACAAUUACUGCACUUCUCUCGUACACAUUAUCUCUAUGAUAACUAAAAGACAAUUCAUGAAAGGAUAAAAAGCAAAAGCGAUAAAUAUGGUGCAAACUUUAUUGUUUCAACCAUUUUACUGAUCUUUUUUCUUUGCGUCCUAUACGUGUAGUUUAAAUUUAUACUUUUGUU